AUGGGAGAUACCACUGGCAUUGUUACCAGACAUUUCAAAAGCCAGGAUCAUUACAGCCUGAAAAAGGAGCAGCAACAACCAAAGGGGGGUCAAGUGCUGAUGCCAAAAGCAGAAGACGCUUUGGAGCCAAGAACACUGAAAAUCUAUACUUUUCGCUACCAGUGUUACUUGCAGGCUAUUGCAAAGCAGCCCAAACAUUCGUUGCUCAAGUUGGCUGCACUUCCUCCCACUUCAGCAGCUUCCAGGCAGCAUGCAUUUAGAACCUACCACGAAGUGCAGCAGUGA